AAGAACAGAAAGAAGAGCAAAGAAGGAAGUGGAGAGAACAAAAAGAAAAAACAGUCACAGAGAAAAAAAGCUGAAAAUAAACCAAACCAUAAUAUUGACGAGCCUUCAAAAGAAUCAACAUCAUCAACUUCAAAGACUGCAUCAACACCUAAUAGUUCCAGAAAUACUGCUAAUACUGUGAUAGUUAGGUACAAGAAAUUAAUGACGGUACACAAAAAAACUUUAGAAGCAGUAGACCAGUAUAAAAAAGACUACGAAAGACAAUGA